AAGAUCCUGUUUCUGAGACCUGUCUUGUGAUGCAACCCUUGACUGAAGCAUCUCAGGAUGUCUCCUGUGUGGCUCUUGCCCCUCCUGCUCUUCUGUUCAGUGUUGGCUGAAUAUGAUCCAAAAUUUACCUUUGAGGACAAGGAAAUUUUGGAUUUGAUGAACCUGAAUGCCACGGAGGAGAUCCCUGGUGUGUGCUUUGUCUGCAGAACUGUUGUGAUGGAAGCCAUGAGAAAAUUAAGGCCUCAUGAAACUAGGGGACAUGUUAGAAGAGUGCUAAAUUCAUUGUGCGAUACCACUCAUUUGAUUAAAAACCUGUGUCGAAAGUUCGUUAGAAACUAUGGGGCACGACUCGUUACAAAACUUCUGCAUCGCAGUUCUGCAAGAACCAUUUGUCGGAUUCUUCGGCUCUGUUGGUGGUGAACAGCCUCUGAGGAAAAUCAGAAACGAUGCCUCUGCACUAUCUGCUUCUUUCCUUUCUUCUUUCCUUUGCUCAGAAGAUGCUUUUGUCUAAAAUAAGAAGCAUUUAGCUAAAAAAAAAAUCAAAAUCUCCAGAACAACGCUAGUGAAACAUUUCACUGCAUGUCUAGGGAUUUCCAAAAUUCAAAACUAUUAGAGUUGCAGCAGUAGAUUGCUGAUACUGUUUUCUUAUACAUGCUUUUCAUUUCAUGAUACUUACAGAACAUUUAUAUUGUUCUAAAACGGAUGUACGGUUUAAACCUGAAGUCUGAGCACAUCUGCAAUGUAAUGGCAAAUAAAGCAAGUGAAAACAAA